AUAUUGACGGACUCCCAGUCAGAUGCUUCGCUACGGACUCCUCACCUCCUUUCGCCUGGUGGUAGAAUACAAGCUAGUCACUGCGGGAGGCCAGGAACUGCUCCAGGCAUUAGAUUUGAGACCGGACAGCCGAACAACGUGAUCUUCUCCCUGCUUUCGCCAGUUGGACCGCGAUGGAGACUCUGUCCCAGGACAUUCUGCUGGAAUGUCAGAUUUGUUUCAAUUACUACAGCCCCCGGCGGAGGCCCAAGUUGCUGGACUGCAAGCAUACCUGCUGCUCCGUUUGCCUUCAGCAGAUGAGGACCAGCCAGAAAGACUUGCGGUGCCCGUGGUGCCGAGGCAUCACUAAACUGCCGCCGGGCUUUUCCGUCUCCCAGCUGCCCGACGACCCAGAGGUCAUUGCCGUGAUUGCGAUACCCCACACUUCAGAGCACACUCCCGUCUUCAUCAAACUUCCCAGCAAUGGCUGCUACAUGUUGCCCUUGCCCAUCUCCAAGGAGAGGUCCCUCUUGCCGGGAGACAUUGGCUGCCGCCUGCUGCCAGGCAGCCAGCAGAAGUCUCUCACUGUGGUGACAAUCCCAGCCGAGCAGCAGCCCUUGCAGUCCGGCAUCCCUCAGGAGGGAGGCGACGAAGAGCAAGGCAGGAGGGGCAUUGCGAAAAGCUCCACCUGGUCAGGGGUUUGCACCGUCAUCCUGGUGGCCUGCGUCCUGGUUUUCCUCCUUGGGAUUGUCCUACACAACAUGUCGUGCAUUUCCAAGCGUUUCACUGUGAUCUCCUGCGGCUGAAAGGAGGCGGCUGCAACGGCAAAUACCCAUGCGGGCCAAUUUUGGGGGUUUGGGAGGGUGGUUAUGGUGGUGGCAGGAUGCCCUGCGAUGAAGCGCUGUUAUUUGGACUGUCGUUCCACCAUACUGAGUCAUUGACACCAGGCCGGUUGCUGGUCCAGAGUCUAAAAGGACAGUGGCGCCUGUUGGUAGAGUAUGGGAAACGUCCAAUGCUUAUCCGCUGGUAACAGCACCAAGGAAGAUUGCAUGCAUCACCAUAAUCACUUAACAAAUGAGCUGUAAUUUAUAAUGAUUUCAUCAUGUUACGAGAUUAAAGAUGUCUAUUUAGCUGGUUCUACUA